AUCUAAUCAAUUCAAGGCUAGCUUGGCGCGCGACUCAGCUCUUUAUUUUAAAAAUCUAGACCAUUCUUCUUGUUCGAUUUAUGUCGAAUAAAAUAAAACAUUUACAACUAAAACAUUUUCGUUAGUUUGUCAUUCGUUUUUUCUAGCAGUUUCUGGCGUUAUUUUUCUUUCUAAAUAUUUUCACCGACUCUUCUUCACCGAAAGAAAAGGCUUCAGACUUGAAAUCCGACUCCUACAGCAGCAGACUACCGAAUUUUCGGCUUGGCGCCAAACAUUGACGAAUAAGCGCUGCGUCCUGCGUCCUUCCAACUGCAACAAUAAUUUAACUAUAUUUUAUCCAACAUACAACAGCUCUUUUAAUGUGUUUUUUCUUAUACUUGGGAAAGCAGAUUUUCUUACCAAGAUGCAAUUAAAUUGUAAAGUCAAUGUGGUGAAUCGCCUGCUUCCUUCAGCUGGACAAUCGGGUCCUAGUCGAUUGGUCUGGUCAAACGUAACACUUACUGAAAACAAAGCUUCCGUCAUCGAAUUAUCUUUAGCCACUUCCCGUAACAAGACCGGGAUGAAAUAUAAAGUUACAAACAACAUUGAACAAAUCUUUUCCAAGUUCGUUAGCCAAGGGAAACUCACACUUAGGUUUCGACAACCAGCUCAUGACUUGUGCCUCAGUGGAGAAGUCAGACACAUGGAGAAAAUUCUUGCAAUUAUAAAGGGAGAAGAUUCACAACUGAAAAAGGGAACUCUUUGUCCUCUUUUGUCAAAUCGUGCCAACAAAGUAGUGAUACCAAAAACAAAGCUGAAUAUUUUAUCUCGUGCAGAUUAUCCAGUAACCACAAGUUUUCCUGAUACACUGACCAGCUUAAAAAUAAGUGGAAUAGCCCUGAAAAAGUUCGACAGAAGGCUUCUCCACCUCAAGGCACUUGAAGUCUUGGAUCUCUCCAGUAAUCAAAUUAGUAUUCUACCUGAAUCCAUCCACACUCUAGCAAAACUAAAACAGUUACAUCUUAACCACAAUGAGAUCAAAGUACUUCCAUCAACAUUCGUCAAUUCUACAAGAGUUAUCUGCUUAGAUAUAAGCCAUAAUCAAUUAGUCAUGAUUCCUAGCUGCAUUUCUCGAGUAUCUGGGCUCCAAAUAUUAAAAUUAGACCAUAACAAACUUAGGAGCCUACCCUCAACCAUUUCUAAGUUACGGAGUUUAAGAACUCUGACUGUGUCCUCAAAUGAAAUCCGAACAUUGCCGGAAUCUUUUCAAACCCUUGCUCUUGAUCACAUUGACGUCUUUGGAAAUCCCUUUGAAAAAAUAGAACAGGAAAUAGCGCUAAAUCCUGAAAGUCUGAAUCUCAAAGUCCCAACACUACGGGCCAUCUCCGCGAAAUCAACCAUUAAGUUCAAGCUAAAGUAUAGCGAAGAAGAUAUCCCCGCCACACUCAUUACUUAUCUCCAUGAAAGCUCCACUACCUGUCCAUGUGGAAAGCUAUGUAUCGACGAUGGAUUACCAGCAGAAGGCGAGAUAAAUCUUUUAAAAGUUUCUGGCAGUGUUACUGGGGACAAAAUUGUGCCAAUGAAAAUGACUCUUUGUACCAUUGCUUGCUUUCAACGAUUUUCUUCUAAAGUGGUAUCGUAAACUCAUCGUUGGAUUCAUCCGUGUUUUAUUCAAUAUUCAAACUAGAAUACAACUAUGUUAAUGUAUAAA